AUUAUUAAAAAAACAAAAUGCACUUUGCAGGGAGACCAAUUUUCAGAAAAAAAAAAAUAUUGUUGUAUUUUAAAGUGGAAAUCUAGUUUAGCUUAGCUAUAAUACAGUUUUUAUAACUUAAAUAAACAUUCCUAGUAGUUUUUGAAGAGUGUGGCGUGGACUCACCAUGGAAGCGAAACAUUAUUUUGGUCACAUCCAUAUCAUAAAUUAUUAUCAUUUCAUUUAGUUGGUUUUCUAUUUUAGCAAGGUUUAUUUUUAUUCCAAUUAGUAUCAUUGAUUUCUUGUUUGUAAUGUUAAUUUAAUCUUAAAUCUAUUUUGUAUUUGGUUAAAAGUAGGCAUACAAAAUGAAUAUACAAGUUUGUAGGGACACCUCAGAUGCUGUGGCGUUAUACUUGCCUCAGCGUUUGUAUUUAAAGCCAUUCGCCAAACUUAACAUUUCCAUUCAGCUUCCUCCCCACAAGGUCCACAACAAGUCAAUAUCCAACUGGGAAUUAAUGGAGAAAUUGCGCAAGAUGAUCCAACCUGAUGGGUUCUCCAUUCUCAAAGUGUCGAAGCAUAGUUCAGAAUUGAUACGAUUUGACGCUGAGCUAGAUAAUGUGAACAAAUUGCAGCGAGUUCUAUCGAGACUUGAUGAUAGGGUUAUACAGUUGAAUAAUUUUCCUGAAGCACUAAAGGUGAAAGUUUCUGAAGCGAAAUCUGAUUUUCCUAGUAGACAUUCGUGGGAUUCUUUUUUCCGUGAUGCUACUGAUAUGGAUGAAAUGAAACCGGGUGAAAGACCUGACACUGUCCACAUAGAAAAUUUACCAAUCCGCUGGUUCGUACAUCAUAGGGACCAAGAUGAUGAUGCUCCUCCAUCUGAGUGUAUUUUCAAGAAAGUUUUUGAAAAGUUUGGUUCUAUACGGCAAGUGGAUAUUCCAUGUGCUGAUCCUUUCAGAAUGCAGAUGAAAGUGCACAUGAGAGGUAUAAGCACCCCUGCACAAAAUGCUGACUUGUAUUUUGAUGCAUAUGUUCAGUUUAGUGAGUAUGUUGGGUUUGUGCGCUGUAUGGACGCGUUGCGAGGGCGUAAAUUGCUUCGGAAACGCGACGAUCUGGCAGAGUGGUGUGGAAUAGCAGUGGAUUUUGACAAAACAAAGCAUAUGACAGAUGCAGCAGUGAAGCGCAGAGCCAUUGUGCGGGAAAGACUAGCAGCACGUCAGCGAGCCAAGGAUGAUGAAGAUAAGGUGGAGAGAGAGAAGAUUGCCAAGAAACAGGCUAAAGAAAGACAAAAAGCUGAAAGAGUGGAGUUGGAAAAACUAGAAAAGAUGAAAGAAAGAGAAGAGAGGCGCAAGAAGAAACAGCUAGCGAAGCUGAUUCAGAAGGACAACUUGAAUGUCAAUGUGAAGGUCCUGGAGGAGCAACGGAAACUUCUCAAGGCUCAGAAGAGGCUGCAGGCCAUAAGGCUAAUGGAGGAAUUGUUCAAGAGAAUUGAGGACCAGAGUCCAGUUUUGCAAAUAGAUAAACUAUUAGACUCAGGACAAGCAAAUAGAAAAGCAAAAGACAGUGUACUGGUUAAACAUAUCCACCACCAUCUGCGACCAGAUCUGCAACAGAAUGACGCAAGCUACCGCCACGCUCUGAGGCGCACCGAGAGGAACCACGUCGUGGACCACUUCAAACGAAUACAGGAGAAAGUUGUGGAAGAGAUGCGGCAACAACUCAAAGAUGCCCUCGAUGGUCGCGUGGUAAUCCGCUCAGCGUUAGAGACAAAGAAGCAGGCGCGACGGUCCUCCAUCGACUCGCUGUCUUCAGAAGAGGACACGAAGUUGAAGAGAAUAAAAACGGAGCGGCUGACCACUCCUGAGAGGGAAUUCGAGUAUGGGAAAGCUACAGGAAUGUACGGCGUGCCUCCGGGCGCCUACGGCUACGGCUUCCCGUUCGGCGUGCCGCCCUACCCCUUCCCGCAAAGUAUGACCAACCCCAUGUACUACCCGGUGCGAGGCGCGUACUACCCGCCGCCGGAGGUGUACACGCGGCCGCGGGGUCGGGGGCGCGGCCGGGGGCGCGGGAGGGGGCGCAUGCCAUACUUCGACGGGCCCGACGCCAGUCACCAGUAUUAUAUGUACUUCAAGAGGCUGAAGGAGCAAGAGAGCCGCAACGAGCACGACGACCGCGCGCGCUCGCGCUCGCGCCGCCGCUCGUACUCGCGUUCGCGUUCGCGUUCGCGGCGCCGCUCGUAUUCGCGCUCGCGCUCGCACUCGCGCGGCCGCCGCUCGCACAGUCGCAGGUCCAGGAGCCGCAGCCGACGAUCCAGGUCCAGGAGUAGGAGGUCUAGAUCUCACCGGUCGCGCAGCCGGUCCCGCUCCCGCAAGCGCUCCCGCUCCCGCUCCCGCAGUCGCCGCUCGCGCACCAAAUCCAAGUCCCGCUCGAAGUCCAAACACAAGACUCCCAGCCCGAAGCAGGACAACACGGUAGAAGAAAUUCCGCAGCUAAGGCGGAGGUCCAAGAGUUGGUCGUUGCCGAAGGAGGGCCAGACCGGCAGGAAGUCCUGGUCCAAAAGUCCCAAGGACAAUUGAUUUAUAAGAUAAUAUAAUAAUAUAUAUAUAUUGAUGUAUUAUUA